AUGCCGUCUACACUCAAUGAGGCUACAGUCAAGUCCUAUGGCUUUAUCGGCCUGGGUAUCAUGGGAUAUGGGAUGGCAAAAAACCUAAGAAGUAAGCUGCCAGAGCAGUCGGAGCUCAUUGUUUGCGAAUUGAACCAGGCUCGACGUGGUGAGUUUGUUCAAACGACGCCUGGCAAGGUUCAGGUGGCAAAAACCCCGCUUGAGGUAGUCCAUAAGAGUGAUAUUAUCAUCACCAUGCUACCUCGUGGAGAGCAUGUGCGCCAGGUCUUCACAGACUCUGAAACCGGCCUUCUCUCGAGUUCCCCUGACGAUGGCGAGGGCAAGAUCUUUAUUGACUGCUCCACCAUCGAUGUCAAAACAUCGCAGGAGAUUGGUCAGGCUGUUGAGCAGAGCGGACUUGGUGUUUUUGCUGAUGCUCCCGUGUCAGGCGGCCAAGGCGGUGCCAACACCGGAACCUUGACCUUUAUGGUAGGAGGUGAGGACGAUGUCUUUGAGACAAUUAAACCCACACUGGCUUUGAUGGGUAAAUCUGAAAACAUCUUCCAUUGUGGCAAGGCAGGUGCAGGUCUGGCAACGAAGCUCAUCAACAACUAUCUCUCGGCCGUCAACAUGGUUGGAGUCUGUGAAGGAAUGAACAUGGGCCGACUAUACGGAUUAGAUCCAGUCAAGCUCGCCGAGGUCAUCAACAGCUCUACUGGCAUGUCACGCAACAGCCGGGAGCAGAAUCCUGUCAAGGGCGUAUCACCUACAGCGUCUUCGGCGACGGACUUUCAGGGUGGUUUCUCUACUGAGCUAUGCAAUGGCGUGCUCGAGAUGUCGAUGGACCUUGCUCAGCAGUUGAAUGCUAAAAGUGUACUGGAGCCUGUGGUGCGGAAGAUGUAUGGGACGGCCGUCAAGAAUGAGAAAUGCUCUGGGCAGGAUUUCAGGAGUAUUUACCGCUUGUUUUCUGAAGAUGAGGGGAAGGAUCUUCCUGGACUCUAA